GGGAAGCGACCACUAAGUACUACUGAAGCUCAUCAUUUAGCCUCUAAUGGAGGGGUUCGCUAUGAUGCUCCUAUUUCUUCUUGCUAUCUCUCUCUUUGUACGAGGUUCCAUCUCCGAAAUCAUUUUCGAAGAACGCUUUGAAGGUGGAUGGCAAAGUAGGUGGGUCAAAUCAGAUUGGAAAAAAAAUGAAGGAAAAGCAGGUUCUUUCAAGCAUACAGCAGGAAAAUGGGCUGGUGACCAUGAUGAUAAGGGUAUUCAAACAUCUGUUGAUGCCAAGCAUUCCGCCAUAUCUGCAAAAAUCCCCGAGUUCACCAACAAAAAUAGAACACUGGUUCUCCAGUAUUCUAUAAAGCUAGAACAAGAUAUUGAAUGUGGCGGUGGUUAUAUAAAGCUUCUCUCUGGAUUUGUGAAUCAAAAGAAAUUUGGAGGGGACACUCCCUAUAGUGUAAUGUUUGGACCAGAUAUAUGCGGUACACAGACAAAGAAGCUUCAUGUUAUAUAUUCUUACCAAGGGCAGAAUUACCCCAUUAAGAAGGAACUGCAAUGUGAAACUGACAAGCUAACUCAUUUCUACACUUUUAUACUUCGGCCUGAUGCAACGUAUAGUAUCUUGAUUGACAAUCGAGAAAGAGAGUCUGGAAGCUUGUAUACUGACUGGGAUAUCCUCCCCCCACGCAAACUUAAAGAUGUUAAUGCUAAAAAGCCAGCAGACUGGGAUGACAGAGAAUAUAUAGAUGACCCAAAUGGGGUUAAGCCUAAGGGAUAUGAUUCUAUUCCAGCAGAAAUUCCUGAUCCAAAUGCUAAAAAGCCUGCUAACUGGGAUGAAGAUGAAGAUGGCAUAUGGAAAACACCAAAGAUUCCAAAUCCAGAAUACAAAGGGCCAUGGAAACUUAAGAAAAUCAAGAAUCCUAACUAUAAGGGGAAGUGGAAGAUUCCUUGGAUUGAUAAUCCCGAAUUUGAAGAUGAUCCGGACCUUUAUGUUUUGAAGACAAUUAAGUAUGUAGGGAUCGAAGUUUGGCAGGUGAAGGCUGGUUCAGUUUUCGACAACAUUUUGAUCUGUGAUGACCCAGCUUACGCAAAAGAAGUAGUGGAGGAAGUUUUUGCCAACAGAGAGGCUGAAAAGGAGGCAUUUGAGGAAGCAGAGAAAGUGAGAAAAGCCCGAGAAGAAGAGGAAUCUCGAAGAGCUAGAGAAGAAGGUGAAAGGAGGAGAAAGGAGAGGGGUCAUGAUCGGAGAUAUCGAGAUAAAGAACGCCAAAGAGACAAAUACAGAAGGCGUGAUCGCCAUGAUUAUAUGGAUGACUAUCAUGAUGAACUCUGAUAAACACACAAUCUCUGUUGCUUGUGAUGUUUGAAACAAACCUUAAUUUGAAAGUCUACCAAUCUGCAUCAGCAUCAUCAACUAUAAGCAAAAGGGAACUUUCCAAAUAUUUGUUGUCUGUAUAAUUUAUUGUUAAAACAUUGGCAUAAUAUUCAGAUUUUGUCUCCAAUUGUCAUUUAAACUGUUAAAUGAGUUAUUACAAGCCAUUUAAAUAAUGGGCUUAGUGCUUUCUUCUGUAAUAAUUAAUCAAGCUUGUUGAUUUUCA